AUGAACAAUAUUGGGCUUACAGUACCGUUCAUAAUUUCCUGUGUUCUUCUUUCUUUUCUUCUAUACUUGGGGUGGAAGAUACUGAAUUCUGUAUGGUUUAGGCCUAAGAAGCUGGAGAACCUCCUAAGAGCGCAAGGCCUCGCCGGGAAACCCUACAAAUUUUUGUUUGGAGAUUUCAAGGAGUUGGUUAUGAUGAUUGAAGAAGCUGCAUCGAAGCCAAUCAACCUUUCUGAUGAUAUCGUGCCCCGAGCUUUGCCUUUUCUCAUUGACACCAUCAACAAAUAUGGUAAGAAUUGCUUUAUGUGGCUUGGUCCAAUUCCUGCAGUAAUGAUCUUAGACCCUGAACAUGUGAGGGAGAUCUUUCACAAGUAUACCCUCUACGAAAAGAAUCGUUUUCAUCCUCUUGGCGAUUAUCUAGUGAAAGGACUAGCUGCAACUGAAGGCGAAAUAUGGAGAAAACAUCGUAGAUUAAUCAAUCCAGCUUUCCAUCCUGAGAAGCUCAAGCAUAUGUUGCCAGCUUUUAGAUUAUGUGCCAGUGACAUGUUGAGCAAAUGGGAUGAAAGCAUUUUGCAGAACAAUGGCUCUUGCGAACGUGAUGUUUGGCCAGAUCUUCACAAGUUUACCAGUGAUGCUAUCUCUCGUACGGCAUUUGGAAGCAAUUAUGAAGAGGGAAGGAAUAUAUUUGAGCUUCAAACAGAACAAGCAGAACUUGUUAUGAAAGAGGUGAAAUCAUUCUAUUUUCCUGGAUCAAGGUUCCUACCAACUAAGCGGAUGAGAAGAAUAAAAGAUAUUCAAAGACAACUUUAUGCUAUAAUCGGAGGAUUGAUUGAUAAAAGAAUGAGAGCAAUGAAAGCCGGAGAGCCUACAAAUGAUGAUUUGUUGAACAUAUUAUUGAAGUCUAAUUUAAAAGAGAUUGGAACACAGCAGGGUGACAAAUCUCUUGGCAUGAGCACCGAAGAUGUUAUCGAAGAAUGCAAACUGUUUUAUUUAGGAGGACAGGAGACAGCUUCUUCAUUGCUUGCAUGGACACUGGUUCUACUUAGCAGACAUCAAGAGUGGCAAUCGCGCGCUAGAGAAGAAGUCUUACGAGUAUUUGGAAGAAAUGAUCCAAAUUUUGAGGGGCUCAAUCACCUUAAAAUAGUAAGUUAUUCCAUAUUUCAUCAUCUUUUUGGUCUGGAAAGGUUGUUUUCGGUUAGGUAA